GCUUUGGGAAGUGCUUUGUAGGUUCCUGUCACUCCAGCCACUGAGCUGGUCAUUGUCAGUUGUGGUAUGAAAUCCAUUUUUCAUCACACAUCAUAAUGAGUUGGAGAAAUGGUUUGUUGUUGUUGUGUAGAAUAAGAGAAGAUGACAUUGCAAAUGACAAUUGCUGUGAUUUUUGGUCAGGUCAUGAGGCACCCGCUCAUCGAGCUUUUUCACCUUUCCAGUUUGUAUCAACUGUUCCAACAAUCGUAGAAUGGUCAACACUGAGUAAAGGCAACUUCAUGUGUACUUGUCAGAGGAUCAGCUUUAAUGAUUACUCUCAGUUGGCUGAUGUCAACUUCCCAUGGCUGGCCACUACGCUCCUCAUUUUCAAGCCACAUAAAGAAGAUCCUUAACAAUCAUUUCUCAACAAUUUUAUAGUCAACUGAUGUAACAAUGGUACUAAUAUUGGGACGCAGACUAAACAGAGAGGAUCUCGGGGUGCGUGAUUCCCCAGCAACUAAGCGUAAAGUUUUUGAAAUGGACCCUAAAUCUCUGACAGGUCAUGAGUUUUUUGACUUCUCUUCAGGAUCAUCCCAUGCUGAAAACAUACUCCAGAUAUUUAAUGAGUUCCGAGAUAGCCGCUUAUUCACAGAUGUCAUCAUUUGUGUGGAAGGAAAAGAAUUUCCUUGUCAUAGAGCUGUUCUCUCAGCCUGCAGUAGCUACUUCAGAGCUAUGUUUUGUAAUGAUCACAGGGAAAGCCGAGAAAUGCUGGUUGAGAUCAAUGGAAUUUUAGCUGAAGCUAUGGAAUGUUUUUUGCAGUAUGUUUAUACUGGAAAGGUGAAGAUCACUACAGAGAAUGUACAAUACCUCUUUGAAACUUCAAGCCUCUUUCAGAUCAGUGUUCUCCGUGAUGCAUGUGCCAAGUUCUUGGAGGAGCAACUUGAUCCAUGUAAUUGCUUAGGAAUCCAGCGCUUUGCUGAUACCCAUUCUCUCAAAACACUCUUCACAAAAUGCAAAACUUUUGCAUUACAGACUUUUGAGGAUGUGUCCCAGCAUGAAGAAUUUCUUGAGCUUGACAAAGAUGAACUUAUUGAUUACAUUUGCAGCGAUGAACUUGUUAUUGGUAAAGAGGAGAUGGUUUUUGAAGCCGUCAUGCGUUGGGUCUAUCGUGCUGUUGAUCUGAGAAGACCCCUGUUACAUGAGCUCCUGACACAUGUGAGACUCCCUCUGUUGCAUCCCAACUACUUUGUUCAAACAGUUGAGGUGGACCAGUUAAUCCAGAAUUCUCCUGAGUGUUACCAGUUACUGCAUGAAGCAAGGCGAUACCACAUACUUGGGAAUGAAAUGAUGUCACCAAGGACUAGGCCACGCAGGUCCACUGGCUAUUCUGAGGUGAUAGUUGUCGUUGGAGGAUGUGAACGUGUUGGAGGAUUUAAUCUUCCAUAUACCGAGUGCUAUGAUCCUGUAACAGGAGAAUGGAAGUCUUUGGCUAAGCUUCCAGAAUUUACCAAAUCAGAGUAUGCAGUGUGUGCUCUAAGGAAUGACAUUCUUGUCUCAGGUGGAAGAAUCAAUAGCCGUGAUGUCUGGAUUUAUAACUCACAGUUAAAUAUUUGGAUCAGAGUUGCCUCUCUAAACAAAGGCAGAUGGCGUCACAAAAUGGCUGUCCUCCUUGGGAAAGUAUAUGUUGUUGGAGGCUAUGAUGGGCAAAACAGACUUAGCAGCGUAGAAUGCUACGAUUCCUUUUCAAAUCGGUGGACUGAAGUUGCUCCCCUUAAGGAAGCCGUGAGUUCUCCUGCAGUGACUAGCUGUGUAGGCAAAUUGUUUGUGAUUGGUGGAGGACCUGAUGAUAAUACUUGUUCUGAUAAGGUUCAAUCUUAUGAUCCAGAAACCAAUUCUUGGCUACUUCGUGCAGCUAUCCCAAUUGCCAAGAGGUGUAUAACAGCUGUAUCCCUAAACAACCUGAUAUAUGUUGCUGGUGGACUGACCAAGGCAAUAUACUGUUAUGAUCCAGUUGAAGAUUACUGGAUGCAUGUGCAGAAUACAUUCAGCCGACAGGAAAACUGUGGCAUGUCUGUGUGCAAUGGUAAAAUAUAUAUCCUGGGUGGAAGACGGGAAAAUGGAGAAGCCACAGACACUAUUCUCUGUUAUGAUCCUGCAACAAGUAUCAUCACAGGGGUAGCUGCAAUGCCCAGGCCAGUGUCCUAUCACGGCUGUGUGACUAUUCAUAGAUACAAUGAGAAAUGCUUUAAACUCUAAAGCCUGGAUACCUCACCCAAGAAGCCACACCAAUCCAAGAUGAGAUGUUGUUACAACUCCAGAAUGCGAACUUGACUUUACCUCCUUUGUACCAUAUACAAAAAAUAGUAAAAAUAAUAAUUUGGCACCUUUUUCUCCCAAAUAAGCAGUCUUUCAAACUGAAAUAAAGCCUUCCCUAUAAUUUAAAAAAAAAAACAACACUUUUUUUUGUUAAAGGUAAUGGUGGUUGUUGCUUGGCCUUUGAGAGUGUUCCUUUUUAAGAAUUUGUCAGAAGGCUAUGUGGAGUAGAAAAUAAUAAUGUCUGUCUGUAUACCUUUUAGGAAUUUGUGAAUAGUCUCUUCAUUUACUGAUGCUUAUGUGCAAGACUGCGUAUUUGUUAUUGUGUCAUAUAGGUAGAAAAAAUUGUAUGACUUGAGGCUACAUUUAGGUUGAAUCACCUAAUGCUUAGAAUGCAUUCUAAGGGGAAAAAAUAAAUUUUAAAAUCUUUGUGAUAGGUUUUUUUUUUAAUUGAAGGUUUUAUUUCUGUCAUUGAUAAAAAUACAAUGAAAACAAUUCACAUAUCAUAAAAUACUAAUUACUAUGACUUUAUUCUUAGAAUUGCUGACUUAUAUUAAACAUGUUAAUAUUUAGUGGGGUAGGAGGGUUGGGUAGAAGAGAGAAAAAAGUAAAAUUUCCAGGGGAAUUUCAAUUGCAGGUUAAUUUCUCAGAAAAAAUUAAGAAACCAUUGAAAGAAAAUGUCCCACUGUGGCUCUCUAAGGCCUCUAAGGAAGCUCCUUUUCUUGAACCUAACAUGAGUUAAAAUCCAUUCUGCAAUAUUGUCUUGUGAGAAACUAGGACAGGCUUUCUCCCCAGCCCAGUGGGGUUUGGCCUCAUUAGUGUGGUGCUUUGUGUGAGGACCUCUUCCUUAGGUUAUCCUACUUUCUUACGAACAGCCAGAAAUCCUGACAGUCUCUACAACUAAGGUAUCUUUAAUAGGAUUAAGCAGGGACCACCUAUCUCAGUGGGUCCAUUUUUCUUUUAAAAUUAGCUGCAACCCCCAAAAUUUAGUAGUAGUUCCCAUCUGCCAAAAUAAGUCAUCCAUUGAGUACCCAAUAUUUUAAUAUUGAUCAACAUUUUAAGCUUCUAAACAACAAACCACUUUUGUCUAAAUAUCUCAACUUCCAGUUCAUAAAGCUUAUCAGUUCUCAGAGACAGUAAAUUUUUUUUUUCUAAGGCAAAUAGAUAAGACAGGAAUAUGCUAUAGUGAUUAUCAUAAUUCUGGGUGGACAGAGAUAAUUUACAACAUUUUAGGGAUGUUCUAGUUAGCCUGCUCUAUUGCUAAUUCCCACUCACUGUUGUCACUCACAUUUUAAUUGUAUAUUCUUUGUCAUAGGAGCAAUGAUGAAAAUAUAUGAUUACAGUGUCACCAGGCUUCUGUUAAAAUUAAGGCUGUAAUCAAAAACCUAACAUUGGUAAACAUUUUUUUUCUCACCUUAGAAUGAUACAGAGAUUUCAAAUAGACAUUGGAAACUUUAAUCUUUAAUGGUUAGGUAGAAUCAAAAUUCCCAGGAAAACUCUAAAAAAAUUUUAACAAAUUUUUAGGGAAUUUUUGGUUGUUAAAUCAUAAUUUUAAAAUGAUAGAUACCUUUUUGUAAUAAGUAUCAGAGAAAUUCAGAAAACAAAUUUUCUGUCAUUUCAGUUGGAAGAUAGUUACAGGUAUAAUUGGGAUACUUUAAUUUUAGAGUAAACAUCUACUGCGAAACCUAUUUAGGUCAGAAGUUCUUUAGAGUAAAUGAGAUAAUGUGUGAAAAAGUGUUUUGUUAAUGCUGAAGAUUGUAUGUAUGAUAGUUAUGUUUUAUGUUUUUUUGUAAGAUCCUGCCCAUUCAUAAAUACAGAGACUUCACAUAAAAAAGACUUUCUCAAAGUAACUUUGUAUUCUAGUAUUUUUGUCUAUCUUAAAAGUAUUAACUAUUUACUUUUGUUAUGCAUUUAUUUUAAUAUCUAUAUGUUUAUUAUAGUAAAUUUGAAAUGAUAUCCUAAAAAAUUGGCUUAAAUACAGACCUCAUACCAAUAUUAUUUUUUUCUCUACAUAAUUUAAAAUGAAAUAAAUUAAGUAGUUGUAAUUUAUGUUGAAGGCCACCAGGAUCUUAGCUUGAAUUCUAGAAAAUUAAGUAACUAUGUUUAAGGUUACCCAACUGAUUUUUUUUCUUGAGACAGAGUCUCACUCUGUUACCCGGAGUAGAGUGCAGUGGUAUCAUCAUAGCUCACAGCAACCCCAAACUCCUGGGCUCAAGUGAUCUACCUGGCUGAGACUGCAGACACUUGCCACCACACCUAGCUAAUUUUUCUGUUUUUUAUAGAAGCAAAAUCUUGCUUUGUUGUUCAGGCUGGUCUUGAACUCCUAGCCUCAAUCAGUCCUCCCACUUCAGCUUCCCAAAAUGCUAGGAUUACAGACAUGAGCCAUCACACCUGAAUCUCCCAAGUGAUACUUUAAUUUUUCAAAAUUAUUUAUUUUCCUAUUCUAAUUCUUGAUAAAUAAUGAUGUUAGCUUUGAUAAAAUAGAAAAGAAUUUUAGAGUAUAAUUAGCAUAUCAAAAGGACUGUAUCAACCAAAUGGUUGUUAAAUUAUAUUCAGUCAGUCAUCACAUAGUUGACAAAUUUUUAUUUUGAUAGGUUAUCCUCAUAUGAGCCCUUUUCUAUGUAUAUAUGCACAAGUGUAUGUAUUAUAGGUAGAUAGUAUAGUUGUAUGCACACAUAUUUACAUACACCAAGAAUUUUAGCAGUCUGUGAUGAUCAUUUAAAAACCUCAUAAAGUACAAAUUAGUUAAUCAUUUUAAAUUCAAUUUCAGAAGACUUUUAUUUGGGCAUUUCGAGAGCUUUUUUUACAUUUGAAAGUACAUGAUGAGUAUUAGUAAUGAUGACUUGCAUACAGUCAGAAUCUAUAUAAUACAUUUGGUUUCAAAGGUCAGAAGAGGCUCGGUGCCUGUAGCUUAGCUGCUAGGGCGCCAGCCACAUAACACCGGAGCUAGUGGGUUCGAACCCAGCCCAAGCCCUCCAAUUGACAACAACAACAACAACAAAAAUAGCUGGGCAUUGUGGUGGGUGCCUAUAGUCCCAGCUACUUGAGAGGCUGAGGCAAGAGAAUCGUUUAAACCCAAGAGCUUGAGGUUGUUGUGAGCUGUGAUGCCAAGGCAACAUAGUGAGACUCUAUCUCAAAAAAAAAAAAAAAAAGUCAGAAGAGAAGAGUUAGCUAAACCUAGCUGCGAUACCUCAGUUAAAAAUGGAAUUCAAAGGUAUGCUUUAUGGAACAACAAAAAAGUACUGUUGGGGUUUUUUGUGGGGUUUUUUAGUGAACAUUAACUAUUUUCCAUGUUUUCCUCUAUGUGAGUGAGCUACAAAGUGAUCUAAUUUUUAUAGCAGAACAACUUCUUUUCUUCUCUCAUCUUACUACUGACUUUACUGCACAGGUAUGAAAUGAUAGCCUAUUGGAUCUUCAGUAACUUUUUUUCCUAGAUGACUGAAAUACAGGUAUUUACUCCAUUUAAGCCAGGUGUUAAGAAAAGACGAUGUAAAUACUCAGGGAGGGUAUUAACUUGUCCCUUUUGCCUGUUUGGGGUAUUUAAAGUGCUAUAACUAAACAACCUUCAAUUUAUGAUUCCACAGUAAAUUAAAUUUGGUAUAAAGGGGCUUCACACAUGGCAGUGGUUAAACAUUCAUUCUUUUAUAUUAGAAAGAUGAAAAUGUUUUGUGGACUGAUACAUUUUCUUUUAUGAAUAUGAAUUAUUUAUGUAUCUUUACUAUCAAAUACCCUUUUUGAAACUCAGGAAAGACAAAGGUUCAAUUACAUCACUUUUGUCAAUAUGCAAACCAGGUAUAUGUGUUUUGGGGUUUUUUUUCCCGAUUGUCUGGAUAUGGCGAUAGAUUAUUUUUUUUAAUUGCUGUGAGAACCCAUAUAUGAAAAGAGAGGGGUUGAAUUAUUUGUGUGUGCCUUUUAUGUCUUGAGAUUUAUAUGUGGGAAAGACAACAUCUACUUCAAACUCUGUUUUCAAAGAGGGAGAACUAUUGAUGUGGUGCAGAAUGACAAGAUAAUGUCUCUUAAAGGCUUCCUAUGGACUGCCUUUGUUUUAGUAAACUCAAGACACUAGUUAACUUCAACAUAGUUUUGGCCUUAUUAGAAGUUUUUGUGCAUCAUAUUGAAAGCCACCUCUCACCCCAUUAUUCUUUUUAGUUGAAUAAAUAAAUUUUACCAUACCAAGUAACCAGAAAGGGGCAAUUUGGUUGACCUUUAAGGCAGUAGGUUUGUCUAGCCUGCUAUACUUACUGUCACAACUGAUGCUAGGCACCAGGAACCAUUUGAGCCAGGAGUGUGAUUUGAUAAUUCCAGAGAUGUUUGCAACAUACUUUAGACAUUUUUAAAUAUUUUAUAUGAAUGUUUUACAUUUGUGUGAUGGCCUUAGAUAUUAAAUUUACCUAGCGCUAAAAGAUGAUCAUAAAUAAUUUUUCAGAACAGCAACAGUCAUAGCUUAUUUUAUAUACUGUUCCAAAGGUUUGUUUUAAUGUUCUUAAAAUAACUGCACCUGAAUUGUUUAUGUGCCUUAAGUUCUCCAGUACUAUUUCAACUCAUUUCCAAUCUAAAUAAAGCUUACCUUAGAUAAGGUUCAUAUUUGUUUCCUACAGAGUAAACUACCCUUCUUAAAUUUUUUAAUGAAUAUCAACCAUGUGGUUGCUUGGCAGAAUGAAAAUGUUAUGGGAGGUUGUUGAGUGUUUGGAGUUUUAUUAUAUUUUAUGUUUUUAUUUUUUGAUACCUAGGUGCUGUUUAAGAUAUUCAGACAAACAUUUAUCUUACACUGAUUAAACUCUCGUAAUAUGUCAUUUGCAAUAUCUACAUCUAAUGUAACGAAAGUAUAUCCGCUUAUUUUUGUUCCCUUCUUAUGUACUAUUUUUUUUCCUCUGCAGGCUUUUUCAUUAGACCUUCUUGAAAAAGCACUUACUCUUCUUGUCCCCAUCACCCUCCCCAUAAUUUCUUUAUUUAAAAUUUUGUUGAAAAUUUCCAGAUCUAUCUAAGACAGUGGUUCUCAACCUUCCUAACGCCGCAACCCUUUAAUACAAUUCCUGUGGGUCAUGACCCACAGGUUGAGAACCGUUGAUCUAAGACAACACAGUUUUAAAAUUGAACAAAAGUAUAAUCUGCUUUACAACUGCUGUACAGACCUGUGGCAGCCAAAAGUCAUUUGUUUUCAAUUAGAAGAUCCAGAAUCUUCACAGUAAAAGAAAAAAAAGCUUUGUAUUUCAUUGUUCUCAAUUCAGUUGUAGCACAUGUAGUAUAUUUGCAUAGUUUCAUUUUUUAAGUUGUUAUAUCUAAUAAAAUGUCUUUUAACCAUUA